UUGGUAAUGUAUUAGGACAUCAGCGACUGCCUUCGAAGAAGUGCAGUGAAUUCCCCCACAUGCAGCAUUUUUUUUUUGUGUGUGUGCGUGUGGUUAUCUCACUGAGCAUCAUUUUGUCGUUGCUGUGACCCUGGGCGGAUCGUACGAUGAAUACCGUUUCGCACUCGGACACCAAACUAUAGAUCAGUCGCCGAAGGAUCGAAUGAGCUUUGCCAUCGCCCUGAGCAAAGCUGAAACAGAGGCAGCGAUAGGUAUUCACAUGAUCCUCACAUGUAUUUAUCCUCAGGGCGCGGUGCCACAUUGACAGAGAACCCCCUCACACACGUUAUGGAUUGGGAAUCGGACAGAUUGACGCCCUGAUCAUGAGCAGUGAGGGUCGCUUCGGGAGGUUUGACUUCACGAUGGUUGUGACAGGAUUGUUCCUGUACGUGGGAGACGUGGGUACCGACCUUUGGGUCGCGCUGUCCUUCUGGAGAGAAGGGAGGGUUGUGUGGUUCGCUUUGGUGUUGGGAUCGAUGCUCCUGGCAGCUGUGACCAUCCAGAUCUUCAGCCUGUCCUGGCAUUGCGAUGACCAGAAGCAAUCUCGCCAGAAUGGCUCAGAAAGCCAACCCCCCCCCUGCCACCAUUAUUGUCGAAUGCCUUUUUUAUGUCUGGGAUUACUCCACGUUUUUCAGAUGGGAAUACCAGUGAGGAUCUUUUUAGUACUGAAAUGUGGAUAUAUGACAGCAUUUAAAGACCAAGAUGAUCACUGGAAAGCCAUCUACCUAGCAACUGACCUGAGCAUGUUGCGAUUGUUUGAAGCAUUUCUGGAAACUGCUCCUCAACUCAUUCUUCAGACCUUCAUCCUGCUGCAAUAUGAGCACAGAAAUUAUAUUCAGUAUCUGUCCGUCAUUGCAUCAUGCACAUCCAUUUCAUGGGCAACCCUGGACUAUUAUGUGGCACUAAGAAAAUCAUUGCCCUUAAAAAAGAAGCUAGUUUGUGGAUUGCCUUAUGUGACCUAUGUACUUUAUAAGUGGCUGACACUUUGUUCCAAGAUUUUAAGCAUGACUCUACUGGCUACUCUUCACAUCAUUGGCAUUGCUGCUUAUGUGUCUGUCAUGUGGAUUAUCAUGAUCACUUGGGUCUUGAAGCAGAACACCAAGUUUACAACUUCCAAAUGCCAAGAAUUUAUUUAUCGACUGGUUGUUAGCAUUAUCAUGAUUUUCACCUUUUUUAAUAUAAAAGGCCAGAAUACAAGACUGUCCAUGGGUUAUUAUUAUGUACUCAGAAUCGUUGAGACCUUUGUGAUAGUUUUGUUGUGUUGGUUGUUGAAAGACCCAUCAUUUGAUAAGGGUUAUGAUCUGCCGGUCAGCAUAGUCAUAGGAGUUACAUUAGUUAUGGGAAUUUUUUGUCUUAUUUUAUAUUAUGUAUUUUUCCAACCUAAUAGUUAUGCAAAAAACACAGAUGUUGAGGAAUCAAACAAUUUGAACAAUGGAACAGGCUCAGAGGUGUAUUAUGAUGAGGUUGAUGGAAACUUGUCUAAUGGUCAAAAUGAAAACAGUCAAAGGAAUCAUGAAGCUGACACAUAUCACAAAAGAAAAUAUUUGCGCCAAAAAAUGUUUCUACUUGAAUAAGAAUCGAACACAAUCCAAAAUCACUCGAAAUUUUGUUUUUCAAAGCAAUAAAAGGAGAAUUGAUUGUACUCCCUGAUCAUUGUGGCUUUCUAGCCAUCUCCUCUCCAAACACAAAUAAUGAUAUCUCACUGAGACAAGAGUUUGGUAAUAAUUGGAUGUUUAAUAACCUUUAAUUAAACUUACUGCUGAGCGGACAGUGAGUUAUAGAAUAUGCACAAGAGCAAUUUCUGCCUGUGAGUUCAUUGUCAACAACUUUUUCUGACCCAAGACAAUACAAUUUACACAACACCUUUCACAGAAAAUAUGAAGUGACACCAUGUGGUGAAUAAUUAAACUGCAUGUUGCCUUUUUUUGUAAUGCAUCCAUCAGCAGAACUUCUGAAGGUGCAAUAAAUGUGGAUCACUUGGCACGGGAGGAUACGAGCUGAAGACUAAUAUGCCUUUCCACAAGGCUUUUCUUACAAUGGUGACUGAAUAAAGCGAAACUGCCGAAAUCCCAAGUGUGCCAGACUAUGGGCUUCUUCUGUGCUGUAAACUUUAAUAUGUUUGGGCUGUACGUUCUGCAAAAGGGUGCCGGAAAUCCGAGUCUAUAUAAAACUGAAAGAAAUGAGAAUUGAUAUAUUUACUUGGUAAAUAUAUUUG